CAGAAUCAUAAUAAAAUAUUAUGAAUUAAUAUUAUUUACGCUGAAAUUGUAUACAUUUCCUACACUAAUCAUCUUAGUAAACAUUAAUUGCUAUGUAUCACAGUAAUAAUACCUCUUUAGAUUUUCACUUAUUCCUCAAACUAGUUUAUUGAAAAACCAAUUAAGUACAAUAUAUACAUACUUCGAUUGUUACAUGGAAUAAAAUGUUUAUUUCACAGUACAUUAUGGAUUUACAUCUUAUAUCCGGUUAGUAAUAUAAUGAAAUAUUCGAUUAUUAAUAACAGCUACUUAUAAUAUUCAAAAUUGAUGUAAACUAUUCAUUCAACCUAUACACCCCUUUGUUGUUGUUGGUGUGCAUAACACUCGUUAGAUAUUAAAAUACUACAUAUCUAGAAUUAGUUCCUUGAAAAAAACACUUAUAAAAGAGUCAUAGACAGAUGUAUUUAAUAUUGGUAUACAACUAUUAUAGUUAUUCAUUAUUAAGUUGUGAUAAAAUGAAGAGAUUAUUCCAAAAUUUGUUAUUAUGCAUAUUAUACUGUAUGUAUUUAAAUUUCUGUUAUGCUGAUUCACAUGGUGAAAAAUUGAGUAAAUCUGAGUUUGAUAUAUGUGUUCAAGAAUGUGGUAAUCAAUAUGAAGAAUGUUCAAAAGCAAUACGUGAAUUAUGGAGAAAUUUUCAAAAAAAUAAAAAACAAAUUAUGAAAGUUAUGAAUAGUUGUUGUUUACGUGGUCAAGGUGAUCAUUCACAACCAUCAACAUUAAGUUUUGCUACAUGUGUACGUGAUAGAUGUGGUGCAGAAUUAUGGGGAUGUAACAUUAAGAAACGUCAUAGUGGCUUUCUAACUGAACAAGAAAUUGAAUAUAUCAAACAAAAAGAAUCCCGCCAAAAAAAGAAAAAUUUCACAGUAAAGUAAAAGAAUUCUCAAAUAGAAAAAAAAGCAAUAUAUAAUGACUUUCAGUUAAUAAACACAUUCUAAUUGUAACUGUAAUAUUUCUAUUUUUCAAUUACAAUAUUAUUUGAUGCAUAAAUUCACAGAAAAUAUGUAUUUACUUUAGCAUUAAAUGAAAAUAGAAAACUGUUAUCAUUUCUAUUUUUUACUAACC